UUUGUGAAUGCGCACAUACACACUCGUACACGCCCCCAUCAACCCAGUCAGCCACGCGCAGACUACAGCAUCUUUGUGGUGCCAAACCGGCGAAUUUGUUUUCCCCGAGUUUUAGAAUUUGUUCAAGUUACAAAUGACAUGCAAUCGGAAUAAGCCACACGCAAGAGUAUAUCUACGGAGAGGAAACGAAAACAACGUGCUAAAAGUUUUAGCUACAGAAGGGACAUUACUGCUUGCUCUUCUAGCUAGCCAGUAACCAGAUAAACUAUCGAUUGAGAUCCGAAGAGGCAAUGUCUUUUCGUCGACAGAACCAACAACCCGGUUCAGGCGGACGAAAAACCUCAAAUGGAACGGCAGGGCCAGCCGGUUUGCCCCCUCAUAUCAGCGGGAGCAAUACCAACAGAGCUGUGCCUGGAAGGACAAGAAAUACAAUGAAGCCGCCAUCUCAGUCCUCUCCCGUAUUUGAAGGUGUCUACAACAACACCAGGAUGCUUCACUAUCUCACAGCUGUAGUGGGCUCCACCUGUGACGUCCGAGUGAAGAGUGGAAAUGUGUAUGAAGGCAUCUUCAAGACCCUCAGCUCAAGGUGUGAGCUGGUGGUCGACGCGGUCCACAAGCGGAGUGAGGGAGGAGAUGCGGAUGGAGACGGAGGGGGAGGCUUGCCCCCCUCUCUGCCCAGGAUCGAGGAGAUCACAGACACCAUGAUCUUCAGCCCCGGCGACCUGGUCACAAUGACUUGCCGAGAUGUGGACCUCAACUACGCCAUCAGAGAUGCUUUCACAGAUACAGCAAUCAGCUCAUCGCGGGUGAACGGGGAACACCGGGAGAAGGUGCUACAGCGGUGGGAUGGAGGCGACAGCAACGGAGAAGGCUUCGACCUGGAGACAGACACGUCUAAUGGCUGGGAUGCCAGCGAAAUGUUCAAGUUUAACGAGGAGACAUAUGGCGUCACGUCCACCUACGAUUCCAGCCUCUCCAUGUACACUGUUCCCCUGGAAAGGGGCAGCUCGGAUGGCUUCCGGCAGCGGGAGGCACGUGCGGCCCGCCUAGCGAAUGAGAUCGAGGGCAGCCCCCAGUACCGUCACCGCACCAACCUGGAGAACGACGAUAAGAGCGAGGAGGACAAGUACAGCGCCGUGGUCCGAGAGAGAGAUGAGGGGAGGGAGAGAGGCAGCCCUGGAUUCCAGAGUAGUGCCGGGAGCAGGGAGGGUAAAUACAUUCCUCUUCCCCAGAGGGCCAGGGAGAUGGGUGUCCCCCCCAGCAGCCUGAGGGGUGGCGCCUCUGGUCCAAUACCCAAUCGAACAGGACUCCCCGGCUCCUCUAGGCCCUCCCAGGGUUCUGAUAGGAGCAGCCCGCUGUCCGUCAGGGGCGCCUACUCUCCCCACCAGUCCCAAGCCAGCCCCCCGGCCCAGCCCAGUAGCCCUACCCCCUCCUCUUCCUCCUCUCACCCGAUCCCUCACUCCAUCUCUCACCCACAAGCUCUAGCCGAUGCCUCACGCUCUUCUGUCAACGGAGUGUCAUCUAGAACUUCUCCCAAAGCCCAGAGAUCCGUACAGACCAAUAGAACUCUGCGCAACCCAAGUUCCCAGUCCUCACCUGCAGUCUCUCGCUCUCCAAAACUAGACGACCCCGUUCUGGCUAGCCCUGCCUACCUGGACACUUCCUCCUCCUCGAUUGCCUCGGCAACACCCAAGUCCUCUGGCCCCACCCCUCUGUUCACUGUGGAUGUGAAUGAGAUCCUGAGCUCAGCGGCUAAGGAGAGGACAGAAGGCCCAGCCAGCCCUCAGGACGGCAAGAGCGGCAAAGUUCCCUCAGUCCUGCAGAGAACACAGUUGGAGGAGCUCCGGAAAUUUGGUAAAGAGUUCAGGCUCCAGCCCAGCUCCUCCCCUUCUGCUGGCCCCACUUCCUCAGAACCCGCCCAGCCCUCCCCAUCAGACUCCGCCACCACAGCCGAGUCUAUACCCGCCCCUGGCCACACCCCCUCCCAGGACCCCCAGACUGGAGAGGGGUCCCCCUUCACCCCGAACCCCACCACCCCUACCCCCUCUCCAGCCCCCAACACCGCCUCUCAGUCAUCAGGUCCAGACAGACAGGCUGCAGGGACACCCCAGCCAGCCAGGACCCCUGGCAGCGAGGAGGGCGGCGAGCGUGUGGAGGGCGUGGCUGACCAGGUGAAGAAGUCUACGCUGAACCCCAACGCCAAAGAGUUCGUCUUCAAGGCACCCAUGACCCUGGUGAAGCCGUCCCCAGCCCCCACUCCCCCGCGGCCCACUCCUCCCAGCCCCUCCGUGGUGCUCCAGCCCCCCCCAGGACAACAGGCCAUCUACAGCACCCCCUACCUGUCCUACCUCUCCCCCGUACAGAUACAGGGACACUCUGUACAGCCUCCCCAGAUGUAUCAGUACACCAUGUCCACAGUCCAGCAGGGGAAGUAUCCCAGAGCUAAAGGCCAGGUGGUAGGCCCUCGUCCGGACCACCACGGCUCUUCUCAGCCCCAGAUGCUCCAGGCUGCAGCGUCUGCAGCAGGCCCUCCCCUGGUGGCCUCCCCCUACCCCCAGGCCUACCUGCAGUACAGUCAGGUCAUCCAGGGCAUGCCCCACUACCCCGGACAGCCAGUGUACUCUAUGCUGCAGGGUGGGGCCAGGAUGUUGACUCAGGCGGGCCACCCCCAGGCUCUGGGCCCCCCAGGCCCUCAGUACCCCGGACAGACAGAGGGGCCCCCGGGACCACAACAGGCCAUGUAUGCUCCCCAGCAGUUCUCCCACCAUUCUAGCUCCAUGCACCCUCCGCAGCCCUCCAGCACCCCUACUGGGAGCCAGCCCCCUCCCCAGCACACUGCCCCCAGCCCUGGGCACGGACAGUCGGGCCAGGGAGGCCCCCAGCCCCAGUCCAUGUACCACUCUGGGCCCCUGCCAGCACCCACACCCCCUAACAUGCCCCCUGGCCACAGCUCUCCCCAGGCCUCUUACCCCAUGCAGGGCUACAGCCUGCCCACCCACCAGCCCAUGGCCCAACACUACCCCGGCCUGGGACAGCUCACACAGGCCCAUGUUGCCCAAGGUAUGUCUGGCCCCCACCACCAAGGAGGCCACGGCCCGCCCCAGAUGAUGCUGCACUACGCCCCGCCCCCACAGCAAGGCCCAAGCUCCGCCCAGCAGCACGGCCCUCCCCCCCAGCAGGGGGCGCACCAACACUACUACAUCCAACACCCACAGGCUGUACAGGUGCAGGCUCACCCCACCCAGCAGCUCUCCUUCCACCCCCCUGGAAACUGACACCCCUACCUACACCUUGAGGACCACAGAAGAAGCAGGACACAGGAUGGAAGAAGGGGAGGGGAGCUGAGGACAGGGAGCUGAGGCCCCCCGUCCCUCACUGAGUCUUUGACUGACCCAAUCAAGUUGUUCUCUGAUCGGCUAAACUGGUCUGAGAACUGAAGCCCCCUUCUGGAACCACCGCCGCCACUCUCCUCUCGCCCACAAAAUAAGCAACUUGUUUUUUUUCUCCUGUUUUUUUACCCGGAGUCCUUUUUAGUUAAAGAGAGCCCAUCAAAGGCUCCCUUUCUGCUACUCUGUUAGGGACGGAGAAAUAAAAUGAAUUAUUUUGUUUUUAUGAAAGCUUAGAAAGACUGAGUCGUCCUCGCUAGCUGGAUCCAUUUAAGUUGAGAGGAUUGACAUGGCGAAAGCAUCGUCUCACAGUAGACUGAAGAGACUCUGCAGAGAAUUAUAGGAGUUAUCAAUCAAUGAAACUUGCUCCCUUUUAACCUAACCUACUUCUCUUUACUUCCUCCCCAUCUCCUCCUUUUACAGGUAACCAUUAAUAAAUAAUGAAACUAUUAAAAUACAAAAAAAUUGAAAAAUCAUAAAAAAAAUAAAGUUUUAAACUCAA